AAUACAGUUUCUGAUGUAAGCACGCCUAACGUCAUGGCAUUAACUACAUCUUGGCUAACAACGAACUCAGUUGCCAGUAUGACAACAAUAAAAGAUUUUAUCUAUAAAGUCGGGAAUAGUUACAUUAAUAAUAAUAACGUUGGUGUUACAGAUCCAGAUCAAAAGCUAAUAUCUUUGGGUGAAUUGAAAAAAAUAUUAGAAGAAUAUGACAGAGAGGUUAAAAGAAAUGGUGAGGACAGGCAUCCGUCGCUUAAGAAAGACCUUUGUUUAGCAUUAGGAAUGAAAUAUGGUCUCAAAUGCGACGACAGUGCCACAGAGAAUACAAGUGACUUACGAUCGGUAACUUCAUCAAAAAGUGGUAACUUUCAUAAGAUUUUGCAAAUUUUAAAUGAGGGAGAAGUGGUGGAACGCAAUACCUUUAGUGGAAACAGUGAUAAAGUUUUCAAUAGACAGAAACUAGAAAGUUUACUUCAAAAGUACAUGAAACCAAUUAAAAAAUUAUCAGAACAGUUUCCGAAUCGCGAGAUCGAACUGCAAUUUGAAAUAGAUGGGAACAAAGGUCAUAUUGUAGCUUCACCUAAAGCAAAAUAUGUUCGGGUACCAGCUGCUUUAAUUCCGCAGUUAAAUCCAGUUUCGGAUGUAAGCACGCCUAACGUCAUGGCAUUAACUCCAUCUUGGCUAACAACGAACUCAGUUGCCAGUAUGACAACAAUAAAAGAUUUUAUCUAUAAAGUCGGGAAUAGUUACAUUAAUAAUAAUAACGUCGGUGAUCCAGAUCAAAAGCUAAUAUCUUUGGGUGAAUUGAAAAAAAUAUUAGAAGAAUAUGACAGAGAGGUUAAAAGAAAUGGUGAGGACAGGCAUCCGUCGCUUAAGAAAGACCUUUGUUUAGCGUUAGGAAUGAAAUAUGGUCUCAAAUGCGACGACAGCGCCACAGAGAAUACAAGUGACUUACGAUCGGUAACUUCAUCAAAAAGUGGUAACUUUCAUAAGAUUUUGCAAAUUUUAAAUGAGGGAGAAGUGGUGGAACGCAAUACUUUUAGUGGAAACAGUAAAGAAAAUUUAUAUUGGUUUAAAAUAAAAUUCCCAAAAUAA